AUGACCAUCGCUUGCUUCUAUUACCAACUUUCCGACUUGCCGAAUAUUAGGAAUGUUUUGCAGCAUGUCUCGCCCGAGAAGGUGCAAGUUACGGUCCACCCAUCACACGUAGACUAUUCCACAAGCAGAACAGCUCCUGGAUUUGGGAGCUCUCAGGAAGAAGAGCAACUGGAACAACCCGCAGCAACAUAUACCGAGGCCAGCUCAUCGUCGCCAUCCGAUGCCGAACCAAACGACAAGGCGGUGGUAAUGGGCGCUCUGUCCACCGACGAUGUGACAUGGGCGACAACACAGCUAAAAGGAUGGGACGCUUUCGUGUAUACAGUCGACAACAACGCCAGCAUCACACUACACACAGACCGCAAUAAAGGCAAGGAAGCGAAUGCCUACCUAUCUUACAUCAUCCAAAACUACGAGUUGCUGCCAUCGACUGUCGCAUUCGUACACUCUCACGAAUUUGGCUGGCUCAAAGCAUGGCACACCGACGCUGCUCGUCACUCCAAUGUUGAGAGCCUCAACUCGUUGAACACAAACUUCGUGCAGAGAAACGGCUAUGCGAACCUAAGGUGCAUACCCAAUCCUGGAUGUCCGGACGAAGUACGUCCGUUUCGAGAGCCUGUGGAUGAAAGCAAGACAACCGAAGUAGCAUUCGCUGCUGCGUGGAGGGACAUCUUUGGCAACGACGAUGUUCCAGAAGUCAUUGGUGUUGCAUGCUGUGCCCAGUUCGCUGUUUCCAGAGAUCAAAUACUCAAGAGAACCAGGAAUGAAUAUGUUCGCAUGCAUCAAUGGUUGAUGAAUACUGAGCUGGAUGACUCUACGUCAGGUCGUGUGUUUGAAUACCUUUGGCAUAUCAUCUUCGGCCAAGAAUCUGUCUAUUGUCCUAGUGUAGGACAAUGUUAUCGGGACGUUUACGGCUCUGACUGA